AGAGCGGUGCCACACCCCCCCGGGCUCCGUUACCGCAUCACGAACGGUGCUGGCGGACUGGGUGGGUGUGAUCAUGUGACGACUCAUUUCCGAGACAACAAUACAACACCGAAUCGGUCAGCAACGUCUCUCCUGCUCUCUCACCCCCUACCUGCGCCUCGCUCUCGGUAUGGCGGACGGCGAGAGGUCCCCGUUACUCUCAGAUUUGGGGGAUGGCGCUCUUGGAAGCGGUAACGGGGGGGUUUCUCCCGGCGCUGGGUCCUAUAGUGUACCCAACAAACCAGAGAGCUUCCCCCCUUUCCCCAGUGCCAGUCAGCCUUCAGUGCUCCUAGGGGAGGACCCUCCACCCUAUUCCCCACUCACCUCCCCGGAGAGCGGAAAUGCCCCUGUUAUCAGCUGCAGAGUAUGUCAGAGCCUCAUCUCGGUGGAGGGAAAGAUCCACCAGCAUGUGGUGAAGUGUGGGGUUUGCAAUGAAGCUACGCCCAUUAAGAAUGCCCCGGCAGGAAAGAAGUACGUUCGCUGCCCUUGCAACUGUCUCCUCAUCUGCAAAGUCACUUCUCAGCGGAUUGCCUGUCCCCGACCAUAUUGUAAGAGGAUAAUAAAUCUGGGUCCUGUUCAUCCCGGACCGGCGAGCCCAGACCCUCAGCCUGCUGGAGCCAGAGUCUCGUGUGGACACUGCAGCAACACCUUCCUGUGGACAGAGUUCACAGACCGGACGCUGGCCAGGUGCCCGCACUGCAGGAAAGUGUCUUCUAUUGGCCAGAGGUAUCCCCGCAGGAGAAGUUUGUGGUGCUUUCUACUUUGCUUGCUGUUCAGCAUUUCCACUGCUGGCUUAAUGGCUGGAACGUGGGUGAAGGCUCAGACCUACCCGGGGAUCUACGCCUCCUGGGCCGUCAUGCUGCUCCUGGUCCUGGUUACCUUGGCCCGGGCCUUUUACUGGGUGUGCAUGAGGGUCAGCCAGCCGCUCCAGAACUUCACAUAGAGGGCCCUUCGUCAUCAUCUGCUACUUCCCCACAGAACAGGAAGGA